GGUAAAAUCGGAAACAGUGAGGCAGCCUUUCUGCAUUAGUCAAGGGCAGAGGGAGGCAUGGAUUUCGCAGAUUUGAGAAGAGCUGUAGAGGAGGUUGAGCUUGUCGACGCUCACGCUCACAGCAUAGUUGAUCUUAACUCCAACUUCGCUUUCAUCCAUGCCUUCUCUGAAGCCUAUGGUGAUGCCAUUUCUUUCGCAUCACACUCUUUAUCAUUCAAGAGAAGUUUAAGAGAAAUCGCUGAACUCUAUGGAUCCCAAUGUUCUCUGCAAAGCGUGGAAGAAUACCGAAGGGUCUCUGGAUUGCAAUCCAUCUGUGCUACAUGCUUCAAAGCUGCAAAAAUCUCUGUCAUACUCAUUGAUGAUGGGUUAGAAUUGGAUAAAAAGCAUGAUUUAAGGUGGCAUGAGAGUUUGACACCUCUUGUUGGUAGAAUCUUAAGAAUUGAGCGGUUGGCCGAGAAAAUUCUUGAUGAAGCAUUGACAGAUGGAUCUAAUUGGACAUUGGAUAAGUUCACUGAAGCAUUUCUCUCAAAGUUGAAAUCUGUUGCUGGUGAGAUCUUUGGAUUGAAAAGUAUUGCUGCAUAUCGUAGUGGUCUUGAAAUCAAUACGAAAGUGACAAACAAGGCUGCGGAGGAGGGUCUCACUGAAGUGCUAAUUGCUGGGAAGCCUGUCCGCAUAACAAGCAAGAACCUUAUUGAUUACAUCUUCUUGCAAAGUUUGGAAGUUGCUCAGUCCUAUGACUUGCCAAUGCAGAUACACACAGGCUUUGGGGAUACAGAUUUGGAUAUGACACUAUCCAAUCCUCUUCAUCUCCUUGCAGUUCUCGAAGACAAGAGAUAUUCCAAGUGUCGUAUAGUUCUUUUACAUGCAUCCUAUCCUUUCUCAAGGGAAGCAUCAUAUCUAGCCUCUGUUUACACCCAGGUGUAUCUCGAUUUUGGGCUGGCAAUUCCAAAGUUUAGUGUUCAUGGAAUGAUAUCUUCAGUUAAAGAGCUAUUAGAGCUAGCUCCAACAAAUAAGGUGAUGUUCAGUACUGAUGGCUAUGCAUUUCCUGAAACAUUCUACUUAGGUGCAAAGAAGUCUCGUGAAGUUGUUUUCUCUGUUUUACGUGAUGCAUGCAUUGAUGGUGUUCUCUCAGUUCCCGAGGCUGUGGAAGCUGCUAAAGACAUCUUUGCACGAAAUGCAAUCGACUUUUACAAGAUUAAAUCAGCCGUUGGUACUGUAACUUCACACAACAACUUGUCCCAAAAGUCAAAUAUUGCCUUAGAGUCUGAAUUGUCACUUGUUCGUCUGAUCUGGGUCGAUAUUUCUGGACAGCAUAGAUGCCGUGUUGUUCCAGGAAAGCGUUUUAAAGAUGUUGUUAAGGAGCAUGGGGUUGGUUUGGCAAGUGCUUGUAUAGCAAUGCCUUCUUAUCUAGAUACAAUGGUAGAAGGGUCUGGUUUGAGUGCAGUCGGUGAAGUAACCCUAAUGCCUGACUUGUCUACAAAAAGGAAAAUCCCUUGGUGCUUUUUAGAUGACAUUGGCUCUGGAGUUCAUGCGCAUCUUAGCCUGUCACAUAAUGGUCAAAACGUCUUUAUGGCAUCAGAUGAGUCGUUUAAAUAUGGAAUAUCGGCUAUAGGAAAGGAAUUCAUGGCAGGAGUUCUGCAUCAUCUUUCUUCACUUUGGGCAUUUAUAGCACCGCAUCCUAACAGUUACCAUCGUCUUCAACCCAAUACAUGGAGCGGUGCAUUCAAGUGCUGGGGAAAUGAAAAUAAAGAGGCCCCAAUACGAGCUGCAUCUCCACCUGGAGUUCCUGGUGGUCUAGUGAGUAACUUUGAGAUUAAAUCAUUCGAUGCUACUGCGAACCCUCAUCUAGGCUUGGCUGCCAUGAUUGCUGCUGGAAUUGAUGGGCUUCGUAGGCACCUUUCUCUUCCUGAACCUGUUGAUACAGACCCAGAAAGCUAUCCAGAAAAACUUCAAAGGUUGCCUAGUACACUCUCUGAAUCUUUGGAGGCUCUUGAUGAAGAUGAUGACAUCUUUAAAGAAUUCAUUGGUGAAAAACUGCUGACCGCAAUAAAAGCAGUUCGAAAGGCUGAAAUUAAUUAUUUCUCAGAGCACGAGGGUGCACACAAGAAUCUCAUUUACAUAUACUGAAUCAAUCUGUUGCACUGGUGUAAGAUCAGUCAGGCUAAAGUAUUAGACUCUGGUGAUUCUUCACGUUGAGUAAUUUAUUAAUGCUUCCGAUCCAUGGGGUUCAAAACCAAGAUAGUAAUACUAAUAAUAAUAAAGUCGCCCCUCCCCCACCCCGUAGGGAUUUGUAGCUUUCGUUCCUUUGUCCUGUAUUUCCCAAUGGUUUUCCAUCACUGUGCACUCUGCGCAUAAUGAACAAGUUAAUAACAACAAAUUAUCUUUUGUCUUGUAA